AGUGCUCUUCAGCUAAGCUUAGUGUCUAAGAGGUUGAGAUCCAGAGCUGCACUACUUGAUAACAAGAUGCAAGGCCUCAUUGCCACGGCAUCUUCCAGGAUCGUGCUCGCGAUCUUCCUGCUCGGCUUGGCGGCUGGUGCCGCCGCCGCCGACGGCCGGAGGUGGCACGUCUCCAGCAGCCCCGAAGAGCCGUGCAAGAAGAUGACGCUCUACUACCACGACAUCCUCUACAACGGUGUCAACAACUCCGCGAACGCGACGUCGGCGCCGGCAACGAAACCGACGGUGCUGAGCACCGUGAUCAACCCCAACGGCACCUACUUCGGCAUGCUGGUGGUGUUCGACGACCCGGUAACAGAGGGCAAGGCGCUGCCAGUGGCCGGGGAGGAGCCGGCGGCACGCGCUCAGGGGUUCUACUUCUACAACAUGAAGCAGACGACCAGCGCGUGGUUCGCCUUCACCCUCGUGUUCAACUCCACGGAGUCUAAGGGCACCCUCAACCUCAUGGGCGCCGACCUCAUGGACGAGAAGACGCGCGACUUCUCCGUCGUCGGCGGCACCGGCGACUUCUUCAUGGCGCGCGGCAUCGCCACCAUCCGCACCGACGUCAUCGAGGGCUUCUACUACUUCCGCCUGCAGAUGGACAUCAAGCUCUACGAGUGCUACGUCUGAAACUCCCGUCUGACGACGUCGUUGAAGGUGGAGUAACACAUGCGCGUGUCAAUUAGGGAGUGAAGAAAAUAAUGAUGUCGUCCCAUUCCAUACAUGUUUCUUCCACGGUUAAAUUGUCAUGUGCGUGAUUACAACGUAAUGACACUUAUAUAUAUAUCACUCUGUUUUAUAAUAUAAGGCGUUUUAGCAUGGAACAGAGGCAGUGUCUUCCUUUUUACUUACAUGUAUAUCGCUUAAAUAAAGGUUUUUCUCCAGUUUCA